GAUGGACAAUAACUUCGUCAUUUUAAUUAUCGCCGUGAUCGCCGCUACGAUGAUCUGCUGUCGCGCAAUCGAUCAAUUCUCUAUCAAAGAUCUUCUCAGGAGAAAAAGACACUUGGUAUUCCCGGAUCCCUUGGACAGCGAGACUAAAGUACAGGUGCUAUUCGGUCUGGGUCUUCCAAUGGAGGGUGAGAUCUCGAUGACGCUUGGGUAUGUUCUCAAGUGCAACUACGACCUUCCUUACAACGUUUCGGACUUCACGGAUCCGUACGUUCGGUACGAACGGUCAGUGCGAAACAAUUUAUUGCCGUCGGAGAACGCGACGGUUCAAGUGCAACGGACAUCUAAAGGGACGACUUCGAGGUGGACUAUCUACGGUAUACUGGAAGAGGCCAUGGAACGAUUUGGCGGCGGUAGAGUUUGUCUUCUGCGUGCAGUUUGCGAGGCUGCCGAGACGCCUUUCAACGAAGAUCAUGGUCUCCUGGGUGAGCUUCUCCACGUUCUGCUGACGCCAUCGACGACGAGCGAAGAACACGAGACUUAUGCAGAUAGGGAGUACCGUGCGGCGGAGAAACUGGGCGGUACUUUCCGAGGCAACUGCAAGUCGCUAUUCUCCGAGUGCCAGAGUAGUCCCUUGGACUAUUUUACGGAACUUGGGCAAAAACUCGUGCCGUCACUUCCGUACGACUCGUAAUUUUUAUUUUUGCUGGCGUGCCGAUUCCGCGAUCAUUCGUUUCAAUUCCACCAUUUCGCACAAGUAUACUUGACAGCAGAAGGAUGGAAGGAUUUCAAAGUUCGAUCAUUGUCCGAUUGAAGUGAAAUUCAUUGAUAAUAUUUUUUAUUUUCCUUUAUUCUGUACUGUACGGAAUUAAUUGUUUGUACCUUCGUUCAGUUGAACUUAUGGAUCAGAACAAUGAAAAAAAAAACAAUAAAUAUAGAGUCAAAUUAGUA